CUGUUCACCUCUUUGCUUUGCCAUCUGAACAUAAGAGUCGCACUCUCUCCACCUUCACGCCGCCGUGGGAACCGAUGACGGUGAAGGAUGUGGCUGUUUGGGGCCCUCCCUGCUACGCUUUGGCGGUCUUAUUUGCGAUCCACAUCUAUGCCAAAGGAAGUCACCUCUGCAUCGUGAUCCUGCUGGAUCUCCUCGUCCUCUUGCUCCUGGCAGCCGUGGGGUGGCACUCGCUGUGGGGCUCAGCGCUGCUCACCGGCCUGGUCGCCUGUGUCAUGUUUUACCAGCACCGCCGCAUUUGCGAUGAAGAGAACAACAAAACCUUGGCGAUGGCGAGGCAGAUGCAGGUGCCUUUGAUGAGCGAAGAGGAGGAAGCUCUACAGACGCGAUCAAAGAAGAUUUUCCAGGUGCUGGCCGUGCUGGGGGCGGCCUCAUGCACCAUUUGCGCCUCAGAGGCCCUGGCUGUGCACCACAUCUGAGGCUUCUGCCCGGAGGACGAAGCCAAGCGGAGGAACGAACGGAACGCGACCAAAA